UUCUUCAUUCUUCAGUUUGUCGAAGACUCGAAGCGAAAAGCGAUUUUAUUAAUUUAUAAAAAUAAAUUCAAUUAAGUGCUCGUUUCAAAAUCGGAUCCAGUAUGGUUUUGAAUUUUUUAUUUACCAAGAGCAAAAUAUCUACGGUUCUACUAGAAUCUGUGCGGAAUGCCAGUAAGAAGACUGGUGGAAGCACUAAAAAUACGAAUUGCAAAGUAAAACCGAAGCACAGAGGAUGGAAGAAACAGGAUGGUCAUAUGGUGCAGGCAGGCAACAUACUUGCCACACAGAGGACCCCUAGGUUUCAUCCCGGACUGAAUGUUGGAUUUGGUCGCAACGGUACACUGUUUGCUAUGGAGCCCGGUAAAGUAGUUGUGACAUGUGAACAAUUUGAUCCUAACUGGGAGCAUACAUGGGUCCAGCGAAUUUACGGAGGACGGGAACAGCAGACCAUAUACAAGAAGUAUUUUAAUGUUAUACCUGCACCACAGCAUCAGAGGUUCAAGCUGGUUGAUGAAGUAUAGAUUUGAUAUUUUUGUAUAAAUAGUUUAUAUAGUAAUAUAGAAUUUGAGUUUAGUA